AUGGGAGUUGGAACCUGUGUUCGACUGCAUCCAGUUCUCCUGAUGAUCAUCAGUCUGCGACAUGCUGCCCCCACAAUAUUGAUCAACAACGGCACGCACGCACGCACGCACUCACACAACAAAACUUGUCUGAGCAGUCCAGUAAGUGGUCGUGUCUGGCCGUCGCCUGUCUUCUCGCCUGUUCUGGUUCAGCACUCGCUUCUGAACCUCCACGUCCGCGGACAUCACCAGCCCAUUUCACUCGCGCCAUGA